AUGAUAUCUGAAUACAAAAAAGGAUAACCUAAAAACCCAAAUUUCAUAAAUGAUUUGGUUAAUGAUGAUGUUUUGGAUUCAAGUCUUGACAAUCUAGGGAUAUGUCCUGAUGAUUAGAUUAGUUAUAACAUUGAUGAGAUCGAGGAUUAAGAUAUUUACAUUAUUAAUGAUCUAAAUUUAAAGAAUGAAAAUCCAUUAAAACUUAACAAGUAGAAGUAUCAAAAUCACAAUAAAAUAAAUGAUAUGGAAUCAGAUUGGCCAACGGAUUAAGGCAUUUAUGAUGAAUUAGAGGAAAAACAGUAAAAUUCAGAAACUGAAUAAUUUUGGAAAAUAAAAAAAACUAAAUAGGAUAAUUAUAGAGUAUUUCAAAAGAAAUCGAAAAAAAAAACUAAAUACUUCGAUUGA